AUGAGAGGGAUCUUGGCCUCUAUUCGCUGGCAGUUUGGCGCUCGCCGAGUCUCAACUCGUCCGCCCACUAUGACUCGUACAUAUGAGGCUGCAAUUGCAGCUCUCAACUCAUUGCAGACUAAUUAUGCGAUUGUGGAGGAGCUUCGGAGAUCUACGUCGAGGCAGGAGAUGAAUGAGCGCUCGCUCCCGGAGACAGUUGAAUGGUUGCAGCGCAUUGGGUAUAAGCCCUCCGAUCUCAACCGGUUAAAUGCUGUUCAUGUUGCCGGUACCAAAGGCAAGGGUUCGACCUCCGCAUUCAUCUCCACGAUUCUCUCCCAAUACACCAAGGAAGAGCCCAACCAGCCCGCACCUAAGCUGCACAAGAUCGGUCUCUAUACAUCACCUCAUCUGAGAUUCGCGCGCGAGCGCAUAAAGAUCGACAAUGCGCCUUUGUCCGAGGAGCAAUUCGCACGCUAUUUCUUCGAAGUAUGGGAUCGUCUCGAGCACGCUGCUCAGGCUGGAGGCCAGGACCCUACCGCGCCGGGCACAAAACCUCAGUACUUCCGGUACCUGACGCUCAUGGCGUUCCACACUUAUCUCAGCGAGGGUGUGGACGCUGCGGUCAUCGAAUGUGGCAUUGGUGGUCAGUACGACUGUACCAAUGUAAUCCCGCAACCAAAAGUCACUGCCAUUACGAGUCUUGGUAUUGAUCACACCGCUAUGCUGGGAACCACGAUUGAGCAGAUCGCGUGGCACAAGGGUGGAAUUAUCAAGCACGAUGUAAGAGGGUUUGCUGCGCCGCAACCUCCGACCGCGGAGGAAGUCCUGCUGAAGCGUGCUGAAGAGGCCGGCACCCAGCUGGACAUUGUGGCCAACCACCCCGAGCUGCGCUCCGAUAGCAGCAAGGUGACUCUUGGCCUCGCGGGUGAUUUCCAGUACACCAAUGCCUCGGUUGCGGUUGCCAGUGCAGCUGAGUUCCUGCGGAAGGCUGGUGUGGAUGUCCCUGAGAAUAUUAUGGACGGACCCCUUCCAGCGAAGUUCAAGACCGGCCUGGAGGAAACCCGCCUCGGUGGCCGAUGCGAAGCUCGAUUUGAAAAGAACGUAGCCUGGUACAUCGAUGGCGGACACACGCUGGAGAGCAUCCGGCUAGCUGGACAAUGGUUUGCCUCGCGCAUCCAGGCCGAUUCAUCCUCCACGGAUAUUGCCGCCAAGAAGACACGCAUUUUGAUCUUCAAUCAGCAAACCCGAGACAGUACUGCCCUUGCACGGGCACUCCACCAGACCCUCUCCACGGCUCUGGCAAACGAUACCCCGUUCACCCACGCCCUCUUCUGCACGAACAUUACAUACAAACAGGCGGGCUUCCGGCCUGACCUGGUCAGUAUGAACACCAACGCCGAUGACCUUGAACUUCUCCGCGUCCAGAAAUCGCUAGCCGAGGAGUGGAAUGCCAUUGACCCACACGCUCAAACUCACGUGUUUGGUACGAUCGAAGAGGCUGUUGACUUCGCUCGCGAGAUUGCGGGCCAGGAACGCCAUGCGCUCCAGAAAGAUGAAGCGCCGGUCAUGACCUUGGUGACUGGUAGUAUCCAUUUGGUUGGUGGGUUCCUCGAUGUUAUCGAGACCAAGCCUGGUGAUUCAUGA